AUGGGCGGUGCUUUAUUUCCCGAAGAAUAUGCUCAUUCUUCCUCCUCUCUGCCUCCUCUUGUACGUUUGGAGUAUGAUGAUGAAGCGAAUAUUCGUCCCAACGUGUUUAAGCAUAGAACGCCAAAACAAGUUAUGUUUCUCUCGAUAGUUGGAGGUAGAAGCCAUGUUAAACCCCUAUUGGAAAUAGGACAAAUAUUAGUUGAUCGUGUUUCUCCAAAUGCAAAUAAAAUAAUCGCUCGUGAACAUCCAAAGAUCGAGCUCAUUACAAUUGAUCCAAUCUGGGAUGAAACCACAACAAUCGCACAAAACUUGUUUCUCGACGAAUAUGUCAAUUUUCGACAUUGGCGUGCACUCUUUCGAAAGACUGAAAAUCACUAUCCGUACGCUUUUCCUAUAUUGCUAAAUGCCACAAUCGAAAGACAAGCAGAUUUAUUGAUAUGUGAGAUGGAAUGGAUGGCAGAAAUUUGUGCGGAUGUUGCUUGGGUUUUGGGACUACCCAUUGUAUUAGAGCAUUAUGAAUUGGGUGCAGCUGUGAAUGCACCUUAUAAAUCAGAUCCUCUCUAUACAACAAAUCAUAUUUCGGGAUGUCAUGUAUCGCUCGAGAAUUUGUCUUUUUGGGAUCGUUUCAAAUGUGUUGCGAUUUUGCAUCCGCUAUUGAAGUUAGUUCAGUAUGAAUCAAUGUUUUAUUUUAAUUCGCAUCGUUCUGUACAUGGGAUUGAAUGGGUUUGGAGUCCUAUGGAACGAAUUAAAGACUCCCUUUACCUUGCUAAUACUUUCUUUGGAUUUGAGGUUCCGGAAAAACUAUCGCCACUCGUUCAGGAAAUUGGACCAAUUUAUUCUGAAUAUUAUGAACCAUUAACCAAGGAAUUAAAAGAAUUUCUCGACUCACAUCCGAGAACGAUGUACAUUGCAUUCGGUGACCGCUUCUGGACAACUCCAAAAAACUAUGAAAAAAUUAUGCAAACUAUCCUUGAAGCAAUGAACACAAAACUUCUUGACGGUGUAAUUUGGUCAACUUCUGUAUCAUAUUUGGAGGGUAUGCCUGGAAACUUUACACUCAACGAUGGAACAGUUAUCGACACUGCUCAGAUAGUCGCGAAUAAACAUCCUCAUAUUCUUCUACAAAAUUGGGUGCCACAAUUUGCAACUCUUAAUCACACAAACAUAAAAUUAUUUCUCACACAUGGCGGCUUCCAAAGUAUCCAAGAAUCUCUCUACCACGCCAUUCCAAUGCUCGUGCUGCCUUUAUACAUUGAUCAACGGGGAAACGCCGAGAGACUUAUGCUACAAGGAUGUGCAUUAGCAGUAUCGAAACUUUCUUUAUCUGUCAAUGACAUGCUUUCCAAAAUGCGUAUAUUAAUGACAGACGACCAAAUAAAAUCGAACCUUUUAAGAAUGCAGACUUUGGCGAGGAUGAAUGGGAAUCGCAAGUAUCGUGCUGCCGAUUUGAUAGAAUAUGUAAUGGAUCACGCAAAAUUGGGUCCAAAUUCUGGUAGGAUACCAACUGUCCAAGAAUGGCUUACGCCGGAUCGAAGGAUGGGUUGGAUUAAAGGAAAUAAUGUAGAUAUUUUUGUUGUUGUUAUUUUGGUUAUUUUGGUUGAUCUAUUUGGAUCUAUAUGGCUUGCGAGGAGAAUUACACAGUUUGUUUUGAAUUAUAGGAUAGGAAAAGGAAAAGAUGUAAAGAAAACAAAUGGUAACACGAAGUGA